AUGGCAUCCGACACGUACAGGAAGACGGGACGCUUUUGUAGUAGUGCCCCAAGCUGCGAACGGGACGAUGUCGCAUCCGGCGCCACACCAACCGGACACUUUCCGGACAGUAAUUACUUGGAGGAGGACAAAUACUCACCUGGGUUCCUGACGCUCGGCCAGAAGUACAGCAUAGCCAUCGGGUCGACCGUGGUGUUGCCAUGCAAAAUAAAUGAGACAGAGAACUCCAGCCACUAUGUGCUGGCCUGGAAGCGUGACAUCGCCGUCUUGACGGCCGGCAACGUGAAGGUGACGGUCAACCCGAGAAUGCGUCUGAUGCCGGUCCAGGGACACGCCGACCAGCACGGUGCGCUGUCGACCGGCUACAACCUGGAGAUACGGGACGUGCGCACAACGGACGCCGGCGACUACAUCUGUCAGAUCGGUUCGAUGGAACCGAAGGAGAUCGUGCACACGCUCGAGAUACUGGUGCCGCCGAAAAUUGACUACAUCUCGCCCGCCAACAAACUGGACAUCCACAAGGGUGCCCCGAUCCGGAUGGAGUGCCGGGCGUCCGGCAACCCCGCGCCCAAAAUCAUCUGGUCCAGGAAGAAUAAUGUGAUGCCGAAUGGAGAAGCCAACAAGACUGGGAAUGUGCUGGAGAUAAUGCACGCUAAUCGCCACACCAGUGGCCAUUACAAGUGCACCGCAGACAACCGUGUCGGUCAGCCCGAUGCGAGAGAGGUGCUGAUCAAUGUGCUGUAUCCUCCGGAGAUUGAGGUGGAGCAACCGGUCGUACACAGCGGGGUCGGGCACGAGGCCCAGCUCGUGUGCAUCGUGCACGGCGAGCCUACGCCCAACGUAAUCUGGUACCAGGACACCACCCAGAUCGGCAUCACGGAGCAGUUCUCCCAACAGAACCGUGGCAACAAGCACAGUCUCAUUAUCAGGAAUGUGACAUACUCGGAUCUCGGUAACUACACCUGCCAGGCAUCGAACGCGCUCGGCAAGGACCGUGGCUCCCUCGUCCUGAGUGGGUCGCCUACACUCUGCUACUUUGAUUCGCCAACGCUCAGCAGCUACCGGGACCAGUACAACAUCUCCUGGACGGUGCAGAGCUACUCGCCGAUCCGCGAGUAUCGGCUCUUCUUUCGGCUGGCGGCAAAGAGCAUGCACCUGCUGCACCACGAGAAACCACUGGACAGCAACCACAUCUACGGCGACCGGGGAGCUAGCCACCUCUACAACGCGCCCUACGCCGGUGUCGGCGGGCCCCACCACGGGUCGGCGGGUGGUGGCGGUGGCGGGGAGCAGUGGGAGAACGUGGUCAUCCCGGAGAUGAACGACUACGGGGCGCACAACCUCAACUUCUACAACAUGGUCCCCCCGUACGCGCCGUACCAGCCGACCGUGCGGCACCGGAUGAGCUUCCAGCUGAGGAACCUGAAACCGGCCAGCAACUACGAGGCGCGCGUCCAGGCCCGGAACGACCACGGCUGGAACAAGCUGUCGAGCAUAUUCCAUUUCUCCACCCGCUCGGAAGAUAUGGAGCUGGAGCCGUCAGCCCAGCCGGCGGUCCACGGGGCCGGUCUGCUGGAUAAGAGCAUGCUGAGCAGCAGCGGCGGGGCGGCCAGCCACUUCCAUAAAUCAUGGACACUUUCCAUUUUCACCGUUUUAAUUACUGCGCGCCUGCUCCUGCCGUCGUCGUCGCUGCCGUCGCUUUCCGCCAUCGUAUCGGUGGUGGCAUGA